CAAAACAGCAGCUGGCUGCCUACCACACCUCCCACUACCUGAUGCUCUUUAAUUUCAGCAGUCUGCCAUCAGACCUACAGUGUGCGUCAGGUUACCAACAGAUUCGUCAGGAGCUUCUGAGCCGUCGGGGUUUUAUCCACAUAGAGAAUUCUGUGAAAUUUGUUGCAUGGGAAAUCUCAUCUGAGGAACGGUUACAGUUGGGCUAAACUGGAGCAUCUUUGAAGAACUGACAUUGAUUUUAUGGAGAUGGAUUUCUUACAGCUGCCAGACAGAAUCACUGAUAAAUCAGCUGGAAAAGACAAACAGCGGGAUGACUCAGCAGAGGUCAGACGACACGUACCUGUUGACUUCAGCAGUAUCUGCAGCAAAGAUCUGCUCCCAGCUUCAGGUGGCGAGGAACUGACCAGAGGAUUUCUACAGGAGGUGGUGAACAUCCUGUUGGGUUAUAUCUGCAAGUCAAGUCAGAGGGGUUCCAAGGUCCUGGACUUCCAUCAUCCUCACCAGCUGAAGGAAGGACUGGAGGGCUUCAGCAUGGACCUGCCAGACCUACCAGAAACUCUGGAGCAGAUUCUCGUGGACUGUAGAGACACACUCAAGUAUGGUGUCAAUACAGGCCAUCCCCGUUUCUUCAACCAGCUGUCCUCGGGUCUGGAUGUGAUUGGUGUAGCUGGCGAGUGGUUGACUUCUACAGCCAACACUAACAUGUUUACAUAUGAAGUGUCUCCUGUUUUCAUCCUCAUGGAGGAGGUUCUGCUGAGGAAGAUGCAAAGCAUUGUGGGAUGGUCUGACGAUGAGGGAGAUGGAAUCUUCUGUCCAGGAGGUACAAUAUCGAACCUGUACAGCAUCCUGGUGGCCAGAUAUCACUUCUACCCCGAGGUGAAGACCAAAGGGAUGGGAGCUCUCCCUCGACUGGCCCUCUUCACUUCAGAGCAUAGUCACUACUCAGUAAAGAAAUCUGCAGCCGUGCUGGGGAUGGGCAGUGAGAAUGUGGUCAUGGUGAAAUGUGAUGAAAGAGGGAAAAUGAUUCCUGCUGAACUCGAGUCUUGUAUUGUCACAGCUGAAGCAAAGGGUUUGGUUCCAUUCUAUGUGAAUGCGACAGCAGGAACCACAGUGUACGGAGCCUUUGACCCACUUAGUGCCAUUGCAGACAUCUGCCACAGACACACACUAUGGAUGCAUGUUGACGCAGCGUGGGGUGGAGGCCUGCUGAUGUCAGACAGACACAGCAUGAAACUACAAGGCAUUGAACGAGCCUGGUCUGUAACAUGGAAUCCUCACAAGAUGAUGGGAGUGCCUCUGCAGUGCUCUGUCAUACUCAUCAAGAAGAGAGGUCUCUUACAGGAAUGUAAUGAGUUGGGGGCUGAGUACCUUUUCCAGACAGACAAACCCUAUGAUGUGAGAUAUGAUACCGGAGAUAAGAGCAUCCAGUGUGGCCGACAUGUAGAUGUCUUUAAAUUUUGGCUCAUGUGGAAGGCAAAGGGCUCAGAGGGCUUUGGAUCUCAGGUCGACAAAUGCUUAGAGAAUGCUGAGUAUCUGUAUGACCAACUGCAGAGGAGAAAAGACUUCGAACUGGUCUUGAAAACCAAGCCAGAACACAGUAAUGUGUGUUUCUGGUACAUCCCUCCUAGUUUGAGAGGCCUGCCUCCUGGACCUGACAGAGAUACAAGACUCCAUCAGGUGGCUCCUCGUAUCAAAGGCAGGAUGAUGGAAAAGGGCUCUGUUCUGAUUGGCUAUCAGCCUUUGGGAACCAGAGUCAAUUUCUUCCGGUGCGUGUUCUCCAAUCCUGCAACACAGCAAGAGGACAUUGACUUUCUGAUGGACGAGAUUGCCCGGCUGGGCAAUGACCUGUGACCUCUGAUAUUGUCUGGUCUCACCCGUCUAUCAUUUUGGAAGAAAUAGGUCAUUGAGUACGAGAGUUCAUCCAGCACGUGUGUUCCAAUGUUUUGCAGAGGAAAUAUUUCCAACUGUGCUCUUUAGCGUCUGAUUUACACAACUGUUUGUUCAUUGCAAAUAAUUAUUCCCUCAGCUCUGCUUUAUACACAUUAACAAUCUUGAACCAACAGCUUCGGUUCUUGUUUACACUAAUAUUCUCUUCAUCUACAGACCCAUCAAGCUAAACAUCUUAAGGUUUAAAGUAAUUUAUAUUUAAUGAACAGAAAUUAUAGCAUGUUUAAAUAUAUAUCUUGAAACCGUACUGUGAACAUUUUUAUUAAGAAUUGGUUUCUGGGAGAGCUUUGCCUCCCGUUUAUUCCCUUCCACUCGAACAGCUGCUGAUGAUGUAGAGCCCCACCUUCCUUUGCAAGUACUUGCAUUUUCAAAACACAUCGGCAGUGAAAAUAUCAAUCCGCUUCUGUGUUUAUUUAUAUAUUCAGUGACUUGGCAAGAUGUUCCAGAGGGGGCAGUGAGACAAGAUAUGAUACAGAUGAUUCCACAGUCAAAUAACUCCUUGUAUCCAACUCCAAUGUUGUCAUUUAAAGAAGGCCCCAGGACAGAGAUUUGUCAGUCUGGGCUUUGUCCCAGGCCAUCCUGGUUUAAAUUUUCUCUGCACUCUGAAGCAAAAUCAUUUUAUUCUGUACAUUAGGUGAGAAGAGGAGAAACUCAGCCACAACAACAUAUUAUCAAAUUAAUUUAUUUAGAAAUAGCAUUACAUUUUAAUACAAGUAACUACAUUUUCAUAUUAAUUGAUGCUUAAAAACAAGUAUUGUCUUGUUGACUGGUCAAUGCUCAGUAGCGUGGAUUCCUUACAUUUCCACCUGGAAGAAGCAAAAAAAAAAAAAAAAAUCUGUUUUCUUAUGUUAAAUCACAAAUGUGUUAUGCCAAUACAUUUAGGUUAGGCAGUAGAAUAGUAUAAGCCUUGUACAUUGUAAUUAAAUCUGGUUGUAGCGUUUUCAAUAAGAUGGGGUAAACAGUAGCGCUGUAUGAAUGAGUGAAUGUGACAUAUAUAGCCCAUCUUGUUUAAAAAUGAAAAGACACUUGCCGACCACAAUGCAUGCCUUUGUUUUAAAUGAAGGUGUCACACAAGACGGGUUUUACUACGAUACCCAUCAAGGCUUAAUUUGCAUGUGCUUUCUGUCGACCCGUGUUGGGAUACGAGCAUCAGUGCAUACAGCAAAGUGAAUUUAAAUAGGCAACUAUUUGUAGAAACAAAGAAAUGUGUCCUUUAGACACCACAAUGGAGAGAAUAUAGAUCCAAAUGUAAUAUCUAUUGGUAAUUAUGAGUUCAUUAUUUGAUCUGUAUGGACAUUUGAACCUAAUAUAAAAUCUGUUGUCACCAAUACAAGCAGUCUGGUCUUUGCUUGGCAUGAAAGACUCACAUUUAAAUCUGUACUGCAUGAUCACCAUCGCCCAGUCCAACACUACCAAGGUUCAAGCUGUGAGUCUCACCUUUAGA